AUGAAGCCCACUCAUACUCUCAUCGCCCUUGCGGCCCUUAUCUAUGCGGCUCCCGUCGUAGAGCCGCCAAUGUCCCUUGCUAUCCCUGGACCCGAUACGCAUUUCCAACCCCACGUCAAACGCUGCAAAAAGGGUCCACCAAAGUACGAGGGAAGACACCCAUACGGCAACCAAACUUAUAACCAGAUCGACGACGGGACGCCCUGCCGCAAUGUCACCAUGAUCUUCGCCCGAGGAUUGAAGCAGAAAGGCAACGUAGGAAAGGUUGGUGAUGACGGCCCCAUGAUAUUCAACCAUCUGGCCGAGUUGAUUGGCCCGGAAAACCUGGCCAUUGCUGGUGUGAACUUUUCGGCGAACAUACGCGACUGGGUAGCACCAAACAAGUCAAAAGGCGGCUUGAUCAUGGCUGAGCUUGUCAAACGGGCCGCAACCAAGUGUCCCAAUACCAAGAUUGUCCUCGCCGGCUACAGCGUGGGCGGGAAGGUACUGCAUAAAGCUGCUGAAAACCUAAGUGAGGAGAUGACGCAGCGCAUAACUGCUGGUUAG